AUGCUAAACGUUUUAUCACAACCUACCCCAACGGCUGCGAGGAGUGAAGGAUUAGCAAGGAAGCUGGUGGAAAAAGGUAGAUCGAUGAUGGCUGAAAUUUCCUGUUGCUCUCUUGAAUUAUUCAAGAUCGUAGCGAUGCCCCGAUCGCUCUCCCUCUCGGUGGGCGCUCAAUACCAGCAUAACCGCCACGCGAUGCUCGGCCACCAGGCAGCUUACAGCCCUCCAAGUCCUGCCUCCAGCCCGUCUCAUCAGGCGAGUCCUAGGUUAAGCGCGUUCGCCCCGGUAGCGCCGAACUCGCCGCUAUCACCUCCUAGAACUUUGCAGGAUCUUGCGGCGGCUUACAAAUGGCAUAGAAAUGAUAUGAGCAAUUCGAUUUAUGGUGGAGCAGCUGGUCUCACCUCCUUAAUUGGCUAUCCACCAUUUGUAUGGUCUCCAUUAUUCCUGAAUUAUCCUGCUGCUUUAUGCAGAACGGAACCAACAUCUCCUGAGCUUAAGUCAAGGGAUAUUGAAAACAGAUACACACCCGAACAUGAUCCAAGUGGAGAUGAAGAAGGUCCACUGGAUCUCUGCACUCGUGUCUCAAAACAGCCUCAAACCCAUCAAAGAAACCAACAGCAACGAUCUUCCAAUAUUUGGUCACCUGCCAGUCUCUGUGAACUGGAAGCAGGACCUGCUGAUUCCACUAGGGAAGGCAUCCUUUCGAUGGCUGCAGAUUGGCGCAGGUCACCCAGUACAAAAAUUGGAGCAGAAGAGCAAAUGGACACGUCGAAUUGCUGGGAUCAAGAUGGGGAUAAUUCUUUGGGAAGAAUUAAUAGAGGAACAGAUAGGACGUUCGAGUGCAAGCAGUGCGGCAAAGCCUUCAAGCGGUCAUCAACGCUGAGUACGCACCUGCUCAUCCACUCCGACACGAGGCCCUACCCUUGCCAAUAUUGCGGGAAGAGGUUCCACCAGAAAUCAGAUAUGAAGAAACACACGUACAUUCAUACAGGUGAAAAACCCCACAAAUGCGUCGUCUGCUCGAAAGCUUUCAGCCAGAGUUCUAAUCUCAUAACGCACAUGCGUAAACACACAGGUUACAAACCUUUUGCCUGCGGGCUUUGUGACAAAGCUUUCCAACGAAAAGUCGACUUAAGAAGACACAGGGAAAGCCAACACCCGGACUGUGGUGUCAAUAUUCUUGUCAAAGAAGAAGUCACAAGUAGCUGCUAGAAGAA